CACUGACUGUGAAUGACAGUUAGGGAUAUUCAAGUGAGAGAUGUGGAUCUGAAAGGAGGAUCCAUGCCUGUCAUGCAAGAACAAGAUGUGCGGUCCUCAAGAAGACCAUCACUGAUCCUGAAAAAUCAAGAUCUUCAGCAUGUCUCCAAGGUAUCACGGAAGCAACUUGAGGACCAAUAUUUCUGUCUACAGGAGGAGAUCACACUCCUCAAACAACAUGUUCAUAUACUAGAGCAGAAGCUGCACAGGUUCACCACUAAAUUGUCAAAGCUGAGAAACGGACAUUCUGGCUUGGCUGUGGGGCAAAAUAUUGAUGCUAAAGAUACUAUUGAGAAGCUGAAAGAUCGUGUUGCUACUCUGGAGAGCCAGAAGGAGGUGUUACAGAGAAAGCUUCGUAUGACCAGACAGAAAAUCCUGGCUCUGGGCAAACAAGUUCACCAAAGUCCACGCAUGGGACAAGGUGUACAACGACGGGGAGAAGUCAGACAGACAGCUCAAACAGUCCCAGCUCACUAUGCCCUCAGCUCCACUGAUGAUUACAAAAGACUGACUGAAAAAUUCCAUACUCUGCUCUUCUUCAUUAGUUGUAUAGAACCACAGCCAGUGAGGAAAAUGGAACUUGAGUUGGCUAUUCAAUCCCUCAGAGAAACCUUGAACUUAAAGGAGAAAGAACUAGAAUAUCCUAAGAAAGAAGUGCACAAACAGCAAAUUGAUGGACUCCGACUGACCAUAAAAGAUAAUGUUGGUGUGAUCAGACUGCAGAAACAGCUCUCUCAUGAAAGGACUGCUCUUUUGGUCAUUAAGGACAAAUUUACGGUUCUAAAACAGGCUUAUGAGGCCCAGCUGGAAGAGGGCCAAAAAUCACUGCAGGAGAGCCAGGGGACUUUACUGGGAAAAGUUGGGCAGCUGAGUGAGCAACUGAAACAGGAAAAGCAGAAGGUGAUGAUCCUAGGUGGUCAACUUAAUACUGCCACUAUCUCACUGCACAACUUGGCAGAGCUUCAGGAGAGGGUCUCAGACAUUGAAAGGGAGAGAAGUCUCUUGAAGAGGAACUAUAAUGCUCUACUGCUUAGCACUCUGUCUGCCCAUAGCCACCAUAAUGAACAUGAGAGUGAAAAAGAGAGUGAUAGAAAGGAAGUGGAGGACUGGAGAGUUGAAAUAUCAGUACUGGAAAAGAAGCUGGAAGAUGAAAAAAGAGAGAGGGAAAAGCUGGAGCAGGAAAAAAAGUGGGUGGUACAAGACUAUGAAAGGAAUCAAAUGGAAAGAGCACAAGAAAGGGCCAUGACCAUGACCCUUAGAGAAAAACAUGACUUCCUGGAGCAAGAAGUUCUACAAUACAAAAAGCAUGUGAUAUCCCUACAAGAGAAACUAAACAGAGUAUCAAAAGAUUUUCAUAUGGAUGUGGAAGACCUAAGUGAAGUUUUGAUGCAGAUGAAGGCUUUACGAUUGCAGCAUGAGAGUUGCAAAGGUCUGACAGACCUGAUGAGUAAUGAGAAGGUCAAAGACCCAUCAGGAGAGCUGGCUGCUCUACAGGCCUCACAUGCAGAAACAAUAUUAGAGCUGCAGAAAACUCGGGAAUUGUUGGUAAUGCAGCAUAAGCUCAAUAGUGACCUGCAGGCUGAUGUGAAGAUGGAAAAGGAGAGAGCAGAAAAAGAAAGAGAAUGGAAAAGAAGGGAGGUCAAUGAAAAAGACAAACUGUUGAAAGAUAGGGAUCUUCAAAUCAACAGUUUAAAAGCUCAGCUGAAAGACUUAACAUACCAUGCUAGAAAAUACAAUCAGAUUAUACCAGAGCAAUACAUAUGGACAGGAGUGGAUCAGGAAUUAGUCCAGAUUAUGGAGGGGAAUACCAGAUUAAAUCAGUUCCAAGAUGAAGGAUCCUUGCUUGAAAUCAGCCUCAUGGGAGCUACAUUUACCCCUCUGGGACUGAAACUCAUGAGACAGCAGAGAGGUGUGGAUACCAGUGGUCCCCAUGAGGUGGUAACAUUUUGUACCUACACAUUCCUUGAUUUUGAAAUGCACUCAACCCCACUGAGUUCAGGGACACAGCCAAACUAUGGCUUCACAUCCUGCUAUGACCUCACUGGCCACAGCCCCACCAAACUUGAAGGUCAAGCGGCUUUUGCAAAUGUUGAAGUACAUCAGGCACUAGGAGGAGUGCAAUUCAUAACCCAGGGCAGAGCAAGAAUACCCCUCAUGCAAAUGUUACAGCACAGAGGAGAAAAAGUAAAAGGGAGAGUCAACAUUACAGGUUCCAAAGGGGAGAUAAUAGGGGUGCUGGAAUUCUGGGUCCGUCUGUUCUCUGGAGUGGAGCCAAAAGAUAUUCAUACAGAUAGAAUGACAGAAAAAAUGAUGGACAGCAUGACUGACCUGCCUAUAGCCAGAAAUUUAUACAGGAGUCACAUACAGCCUGAACCAGAGCCUUCCAAUCUACCACUUAAAAUGUAUAGUCCUGUAAGAUCACAACAACCCCAGUUUCCUGCACCCAAGUCACCUCCAAGGGAACCAGGAGCUAAAUGGAUACAGUUUCCAAUUUACAGUCAAACCUGUCAUAUAAGGUCUUUCAACCACAGUCUGAAUAUGCCUGACUCUCGUCACAUCUCAACUAGCAGCAAGCAAAUGAGCUUAAGACAUCAUUCAAAGGCAAGGGAACAGGAAGACAAGGAGAAGAGAAAAGAAGAAUCCCAGUCUGUAAGUCUGAGAGACCUAAAGGACAGUGAAGUUCUAGACUCUUUGGACUCCAUCACCACCAGUGAUAGUGAUGUUAUCAUUCCCCAGCCUCAAAGACCUGUCAAGGAGGGCAACAGACUUAAAAUUGAGAUAUUAUCACUUUUGUUUGAACCAUCCUCAAGUGUUGCUUUAGACCAAUCUGUGCAGCAAGUUUAUGUGAAGUACCGCCUCAUAGGCAUUCCCAUGGAAACCACAGAAACCCCCAUGUCUCUGCAAAAACCAAAAGAUGGGGAAGAAAUACAUUUCAACUUUUGUAGAGUCAUACAUGUUGACUCCAUGAGGGCAGUGCCUCUGAGGCAGUACCUCUAUACUAUGCUGGAAAGGACCGAUGCUGGACAGGGCAGGUUAAAGUUCACUGUGGUCAGUGAGCCGUUGAAUGAAGAAAAUGAAUGUGUGGAUGUUGGUCAUGCCUACUUGGACUUGCAGGAAUUACUUCUUAGAGGGAAUGAUGUAACUGAAAGCCAAAUUGAUAUUGUCAGAAUGGAUGGUGAUCAGGAGGUGGUGGGGAGGCUGAGAGUGUCUUUAGAGGCUGCACAAGCUUUAACCAGAAUCUCAUGAGAGUACCCCAACUAGGAAGACUGGAAAGAGAGAAUGAUAGACACAGAAUGCAGAGCAAAAGGAAGAGGCCAGAAAAAGAGUAAUGAAUUGAGAAUAAGAAAUCCUAGUUGUUGAUCUUGAUUAAUUUAUCUGAAAAUCCUAAAUAAAUUCCU